AUGUGUAUCUCAGGGCAAAUAUUUUUCUUUGCUAUAAAGCACUUCUUGGAAUCUGUUUACAGGGACCAACUGACUGGACUUGAGGCAGAGCUGGCACAAGAGAUCGGGCGUCUCCUUAAUGACCUGGACGUUUCGAAUCGGCGUCGACGUGACCUUCUAGCCAGUCUACAUGCUGCUGGUACUCUGGGCGGCCUGCAGGCGCACCAAACACAUGCUCACGCGCAUACGCAGCAUCAACUGCACCAACUGCACCAACUACAGCAACACCCUCGGCAUUCACCACCCUCACCUAGACAAAUGCAACAGCAACAGAUGAUGCACAACCUAACUAAUCCCGCUUCGCCGAUGACCGCGGAGCUAGUUCGUUCCCCUGUCCAGUUCGUUGUAAACGCUGUUGCAGCAGAGGCUGAACAUGGCGUCAUGAUCUAA